AUGAAAACGAAAAAUAAUAUGCUUAUCAUUUCGCAAGAGCUUCUUGGGAAGGAGCAAGAAUCUGUUAUUUUUAGAGAUCUUAUGAAUCACCAGGAUUAUUUUAUAUUUUUCAUAAGAUAUUCUCUACUGAAAAGCCAUAAGCUGUGUCAUAGCGUUUAUUAAAGAAAGGAUGGAACCAUGAAGAAAUCUAAUAAUUAUUUGUAUAUAUUGCUGCUGUAUUUUAAAAUUCAGGUAACUAUAAAAGCUUUGGAGAUUCAAAAUUCAUACCUGAAGUAUCUUAAGAAAGAUUUGAAUAAUUUAUUACUACAUCCCCAGGAUAUAAAGUAGAUUAAGUUUGGUAAAGUAUUUAAAAUAUAUUUAUAAUUAUGAUACACCUUAUGGUUUGAUUGAUUUAUAAGAAAAGGAUGGUUCUAAUUCUUAUUAUAGUACUAAUUUAAGAGGAGAGUUAUUAGAGGCUGUUGAUAAAUUCUUAAUAGCUUAAGGAGUUUCUGAAUUAAAUACAAGAGUAAUUAAAAUUGGAGAGGAUAUUCAUGUAUUAGUAGCUUCAGUCAAUGAAAGUUAGAAAGAUUUAGGAGUAGUACAUAAUCAUAAUGUUAAAUUGAUUUUUGGUGAUUUUGCUCCUUUUCUUAAUAGUGUUGUAAAUCAUCUUACAGCUGCUCUUCAAUAUGCUGCUAAUGAUUAUCAAAAGAAUAUGAUUUAAGCUUAUAUUGAACAUUUCAAAAGUGGAAAUAUUGAAUUACACAAAUAAUCAUAAAGACAUUGGAUCAAAGAUAAAGGACCUGUUAUAGAAACUAAUAUUGGAUUUAUUGAAACUUAUUUAGAUCCACUUAAAGUUAGAGCUGAAUGGGAAGGUUUUGUUGCUGUUGUUAAUAAAGAAGAAAGUGCUCUCUUAAAUUAAUUAGUUAAUAAAGCUGAAGAUAUUAUCAAAUAUUUACCUUGGCCCAAAGAAUUUGAAGUUGAUGUCUAUAAAAGACCUGAUUUUACUUCAUUAGAAGUCUUAGCCUUUGCUAGUUCUGGUACACCCUUAGGUAUCAACAUACCGAAUUAUGAUGAUAUCAGAUAAAGUGAAGGAUUUAAGAAUGUUAAUCUGGGUAAUACUAUAGGUAAAUUAUCAAAAGAAUCAAUAAAUUUUUUAGAUGAAGCAGAUCAAGAGAUAUUUUAUAAAUAUUAAUCAGAAGCUAUAUUUUUGAUUGUUGCACUUCAUGAAUUGAUUGGCCAUGGUGCUGGAAAAGUUUUUAUGAAAGAUAAAGAUGGAAAUUUAAAUUUUAAUAUCGAAAAUACAAUAAAUCCAUUAACAAAUGAAAAAGUUGAUUCAUUUUAUAACCAUGGAGAACAAUGGCAUUCUAAAUUUGGUGAAUUUUCAGGAGCAAUGGAAGAAUGUAAAGCUGAUGCUACUGCAUUAUAUUUAUCUACUUAUGAUGAUGUAGUAAAAUUAUUGUUACCAAAUUAAUCUGAAGAAGAUAGAAGAAAUACUGUUUUUGCAGGAUGGCUAUUUAUUGUUCAUAGAGCUGUAUAAGGAUUAGAAUUUUAUAAUCCAGAAUAAAAGAAAUGGGGUUAAGCACAUGUCUUAGCUAGAAAUGUUAUAUUAUAAUCUCUUAUUAGAGAGGAUCCAGAUAUUAUUAAAAUCAAAGAGACUUAAUUAAAUAAUAAACCUUAUCUUUUUUUAAAAUUUGAUUAGUCUAAAUUAUACACUACAGGUAAGAAAGCUAUUUCUAAUUUAAUUUUGCAUUUAUAAGUAUUUAAAUCUAUUGGAGCUGGAAAUGAAGGUGUAUAAUUCUUUAGUGAUUUGGCUACUGUUAAUGACUUAUUCCUUAAUUAUAGAGAUAUUGUUAUUUAAAAUAAAUUUCCAAGAAGAUUAGAAAUUCAACCAAAUCUCAUUUUAGAAGAUGGAUAGGUUAAACUCAAGGAAUAUGAAUCUACAUUUGCUGGAAUUAUAGAGUCUUAAGUUGAACAUCACAUAGAGAAUAUAGAAAUUACAAAAGACUUAUUUUUAAAUGUAUAAAAGUUAUUUUAGAACUGA